AUGAUGGACCUCGCAGGUGGCAACCACUCUCCCGACCUCAUGUCUGUACGGAGUGGGCUCUCGAGGAGAAGUGGGCAUACGGGAGUCUCGUCGUUGAGGUUCGACCCAAAGGACGACAAAAGCCGAGUUCCUGCCCCUUCUCAUCGGCAUGCCUCUCCUUCUGCCCCCUGGCCAUGGGUCGACCUCGAAGACGAGGUCAAUCGGGAGCAACUCGAGUCUCCUCUUCCGCCGAUUCCGCCACUGUGCGACCACGUUGACUGUGGCGGAUGCUGGAGGGGCUACCCACAGUCCCGAUUCCCAAACUGGACCAAACGACAGGUAACAAAAAGCAAGAUCAUGGGUGCCAUAAAGAAUUACUCGAGGACUAGCCCGUGCGUCUGCUAUCAGGUGGACGUCGACAUCGACGGUUUCUUCACAAAUCCCGGUCACAUUAUAUCAAGAUAUGGCGACGAAGAUGCUACAUGGGCUAGCCUAAUCAAUGAGAAGAGACCCGAUAAACUCCGCGUCCGCGCACUUUUUAUAGAAAACAUCUCAGGACCGAUGUUGCAAAUGCUUGGCGCAAAAUACAAUGUAGGACCCUCCUUCUGGUCAUCCGCUAUGAACUGGAUCCCGUCGAGGUUUCAAGAGGAGAUAGAACCCGGAAUUGGAGACCAUAUCACCAUCACCUUGACCUUCUUGCGAUCCAUGUCGAAUCAGGACACAGUGACGUUCGGGAAAUCGACCGAUACUCUCAGGCCAUCGGGGACUUUGCUUGGUACUCAAAGAAUUGAUCCUCAUUCGCCAUUAAUGCUUCACUCCAACAACAGGCUGCUAGUGCUAGACCUACUCGCUGUUCACCUUAUCCGAAACAUCAACGGGAGUACCAUCUUAUCAUUUCAUCCUACGUUGAAUCUUCCGACGACGUCGGCAGCAUUUCUCCACGAGCGAAUUCGUUAUGCUGGUCAGAACGUUUACUGGCAAAGUAUAUUCCAGAGAUCUGCAGAUUCUACCUUUGUCCUAUUAGCUUUUGUAUGGCAUGCAAUGUAUGGUUGGGAUGAAGCUCUGGAAAAUCUCUACGAUCACAUCUGCACCUUGGAAUCUCGUGUCAUCACAACCACGGAGGAUAUGCCUCUCACUCAUGAGCUUCACGUGAUAAGGGCGCACCACUUGCACUACACAUCCCUGCUCGACGACUACGCUAAGCAUGUUAUCUUCAUCCGGGAUACGCCCAGUCCUGCCAUGGACGGUAAAUCUGAAGAGGAACGUGAAUUUAGCAAGGCUAUCAUGGCACGGGAGUGUGCGAAUCUCUUGGUAGAGAUCAAGCGCCUUGAAGCCGAACUGUAUAUGCAAGAAAGGCGCCUGCAAAAUGUCUUGGAACUUGUUGAUAGGCGCUACACCCGCUUAAUUACGGAAGCCACCAUACGCGACAGUGCCGCGUCAUUCCUCGCAACGUCUCUCGAUAACAUUUUCAAGCAGGGCAUCUUUGGCAUGAAUGUCCGCGAAAUCAACCCAGGAACAACCGCUACCUUUGCCAUAUACGCCGCCCUCACAUUACCUCUUACGGCGUUGACCGUCUGGGUCGUCAUCGCAUUCCAGAGUACGGACCUAUAUCCCCCCAACACAAGCUUCCUAAGACGACUAGGUUGGCCUGUGAGACGGUUGCGUCGUCGUAAUCCAACCAAAUUUUUUUCCUCGUCGUCCAAUGCUACUGCCGUUGACGUUGAUACCCAUUCCACAAUCUCAGGAGCAUACCCUUGCUAG